AAUUUAAUUUUGAUUUACAUUAAUUAAUUAAAUUAUAAAUAUAUAAUAUCAUACAUAACUAUAUAAUGAUUGAAAGAUAAAAAUAUCAUAAAUAUGCAUGUUAGUUUAGUGUUUAGUCUUAGGUUUUGCAAAUUUAGAAAAUUAAAAAUGUAUAUUUUUCGUGUUUUAAAAUAAAAACGGGGUGAAAAUGAUUUUCCCGUCUCCUUUCCGCCCGCCCCAGUGCCAUAUGUGUGUGUAUCGAUUUGCUGUUUUUUUAUCAAAAGAUGUAAAUUUCUUUAAAAACAGGAUCGACUACGAGUUUCUCUUUGCAUUAAUAUAUAUAAAGGCCUCAUGCCUCGCAUACUAUUUUUGACUAUGUACAUACUUUAAAAUCAACCAAAAAAGGUGGGAUGGAAAAUGAUCAACUAUGGAUCAUUAGUGUAUAGUAUUUAUAUAAAAAAAAAAAACAAAGAAGAUUAGGGUUUACAGAGAGAGAAAAAAUGGAGAGAAUAGGUUGCUGUGAAAAAAUGGGGUUGAAGAAAGGAGCAUGGACUCCUCAGGAAGAUCAAAUCUUGAUUUCUUAUAUUCAAUCUUAUGGACAUAGUAAUUGGCGAGCACUUCCUAAGCAAGCAGGUUUAUUAAGGUGUGGAAAGAGUUGUAGGCUUAGGUGGAUAAAUUACUUGAGGCCAGAUAUUAAACGAGGAAACUUCAGCUGUGAAGAAGAAGAAACUAUCAUUCAAUUGCAUCAGAUACUUGGAAAUAGAUGGUCAGCAAUAGCAGCAAAAUUGCCGGGAAGAACAGACAAUGAAAUAAAAAAUUAUUGGCAUACACACAUUAAGAAAAAACUUAAUCAGAAUUUUUCUGCCUCAAAAAGUAUAAUAAACAAUAAUGUAAUAUUAUUAUCACAAAAUUUGUGUACCCAUAUACCAAAGGAUCACAACGCACCACUUUUUGAACAAGAGCCGUCCCAAGAAUUAAUGUUGAGCUCAACUACAGCAAUGGAAGCAGGACCAUUCACGGGUUUUAGUGAUGUAAACGACAUGGCGUUUUGGUAUGACCUCUUCACUAAGGCUGGAAACUCUAGAGAAAUGCAUGGAGAUUGAAAGUUGGGGAAAUUAAUUUCUCUUUUUUUUGUAAUUAUAUUUUGUUUUUGACAAAAUGUGUUUUUUAAUAGUAGUGCUUUUAUCAUUUUGUUAAAUAUAUUUUUAAAAUUUGAAUAUUUUUGUUCUUUAA